AUGAAACACUUAUCAACGCCGACACCUUUACAAGGCAGUCCCCGUUCCUCCAAAAAAAUCACAGCCUCUCAAACCAACCCCGAGAAAAGUGAUCACCCCGAAAAUAACAACAAAACUGAGACUUUUCUUCCUUCUCUUUCUUCCUCAGAAUCGCAGUCAGCGUCUUAUUCUUCAACCGAAAAGUCAAAAACCUCACACAGCUCCUCAUCGAAAUAUUCAAAAACUUCAAAAGGUUCCAAGAGUUCCAAAGCUUCGAAGACAUCUGAAGAUUCGAGUGCUGGAACGAGCGCCAGUGAUUCGAGCCAAGGACUCCAAGAAAUCAUUGAUUUGAUGCAGUCGAAGAUUGCCGAAUAUAAACAACUAUUGGACUCAACGAGAAAUCAAUACACUGAGCAGAUUACCGUUUUGACAAAAGAACGCAAUCAGCUCAACUCACAACUCACUGACAAUAAUAGUAAACUAUUAAAAGCAGCCGACACCAUCAAAACGAUGUUUAAUGAUUUAAAAGACUUAACUGCAACUAAUAAGAAACUAUCUGACCAAAAGAUCAAAGACAGUGAAGACUUAGCUGCCUUAUAUAGUCGCCUUGGCCAACUUGAAAAUUCGGGGAACAAAGAAUCUUUAAAUGAACUUGAGCUUUCCGUUGUCCUCAAAUUGGAGCGCAACGAAGUGAUCAAAGCAGAAGUUGUCAAGAAGAAUUUAGACGAGCAGAAGCGCGACUUGAAAUUGAGUAUUCAAGUCUUAGAAAAGAACUUGAUGCAGAGUAAAUCGGAGAACUUAAACCUUCGUACUGAAAAUGAUACUCUCAAUCGGAAGCUCUCCAACAAAAACGACUUAGAAAGUCUCUGUGAGAAGCUUAAGAAGGAGAAGAUGGAUGUUGAAGCGAAGCUAGCGGAGCAGAUCUCGAAAUUGAAGACUCCAAAGAAAGGGAUUUUGAGUUUUAAAGGGGAGAGUAAUGAUGUCAACACCAAUAAUGUACAAAUGAAGGACGAGGCUCUUGCUUUGAUCAAUAAAUUUACGACAGUAGUACCUCAUGGUAUAUUUGACACUGCGACGUAUGAGGAAUUCAAUUUAAUUCAGAAACAUAAUAUGUACCACCCUUAUAUGUUCACACACAUUCAAGCGCAAUGCUACGCAAAGCUGAAAGAAACGAUCGACAGUUUUGUUAAAGUGAGUACGCUGGAAACAGUCAAGAGAAUCACAUCGUACGAGGAUAUAUAUAAGGAGGUGUCGACACGAGCGUAUUUCGCAACGUUCAUGAAGAAAGUGGCGCCACAUCUCCACGUCUAUCACAACGUGAUGGUCGACGUCAUCCAAUUUUCAAUGAAAUUUGACAAAAAGAGUAAAACGACGCUGGCGGGACACACACAAAAGAAAUCAUUGGCGUUUAUUCCGGCGACAGUCAGUACGAGCGAACAAGCGACGAACGUCAUGAAUAACCAAAUUUUGAGGAGAAGAAGACCGACGAUGAUUGGGGAUAUGCCGAAGUAUAGCAACUUCUCAUUGUUGACACAAAAACUCUCAAAAGUCACUGAACCGAAGGAAUGCCCAAGUGCGUUAUCGGCGCAAUCGCCGUUGUCGACUGGGAUGAAAGAAGAAACAAAAGAAGAAAUGAAAGAUGACUACUCGGAAGAAAAUAAUGACAAAAUUCGAACGAAGUUUGUGUGUUGGACGGGGAAGGAGUUGUGGGCGUUCAAAGAUGUUGUCAAUGGAGAGACCGUUGUGUACUCGUAUGUCCCGAGACAGAUUGAUAAAUACAUCAACAAGUUCUCUGUGAUUGGAGAAGUUGUUGAUGUGAUUGGAGUGAACGAGUUUGUGUGUGUUGCGAAGCGAGAUAAUUCGAUAGAUGUCUUGUAUCGAGACACACGCGAGUUAAAGACGAAUUUCCAGUUAGAAGAGGGUGGGAGUAUUAUCGAGAUGUUCAAGGCGAAGAGUAAAGUCUUAGUCUUAACAGCGAAAAAGGUGUUGUAUACGUUGGAUAUCAAAAAUGAGAAGAAAAAGGCGGAGGAUGUGUUGUCGCCAUGUGAGAUACGGAGUGGCACCAUUGUAGAAGGGAAGAAGAGAAUGAUGUGUAUCACUGGGGAAGUGUCAAAAGUUGUGAGAGGACUGAAUAGUAUAUGGGCAGUAUACACAAAUCAAAUCUUUGUCUUAGAUAUCGACAACGCGACCAUCAAAAAGACUAUACCAAUUAACCCGACCAAAAUUAAGUUGAUUGGAAAACAGAUGUGGGUGUUGCAGCAUGACGGUACUGUGAAUGUCUAUGACUGUGAAUCACUUGAAUUGGUCGCUAACCACGUUCUCACAAAGUCGGUCUUAUUUGAUGUCACCGAAGUCUUUUUGAGUAAUGAGAAUAUUAAACAACGUUCCUCAAAUAAAAAGGAAUGGAUAUGUGUGGUGAGUAGCGAGAGUGAUGGUCUUAUAAUCGUUCAAACAAGUAACAUGUGCCACGAUUGGAUACCUGUCGACCCCAAAGAUACAACAACACACACUUGUUACACAUGUGACAAAAAGUUUAGUAAAGGGGGUCUCACUUGUAAAAACUGUAAGCGCGUGUAUUUCUGUGACAAAUGCUCGAAUAACGUGGACUUAGUCAAAGACGUGAUGGAGACUGAAAUUUGCCUCCACCUCAAUAAACGAAGUGGGAAGCCAAGGCUAUCAAGAUCCAUCAAAGCAUCCGACGAGAAGAAAGAAAUUGAAAAGAUGGAGAAGAAAUAA